UUGUCUUUGUGCGAAUCUAAAAGUCCCUAAUUACAGAGAUAGAGGACUGCAAACUUGCGAUUGAUUGGAGAACUUGCGAUUGAUUUGGGGGCAGAUUUGGGUAUACUGUAAUUGACAUGGCACUGUUGUCUUCUAGGAGUAGGAUGUUCUCGAGAACUACCGUAGCCAUAGCAGCCGCCAGACGUGGACUCUUCUACGGGAACGACGAGUGCACCAGGUUCUCAAACAGGGCUCGACAAAUCUGUACGUCAUCCACCAUUUUGCAAGCUGAUGGUGAAAGCUCUCCUCCUGUAAGCCGCUUCCCCAUCCCAGAUCGCAAGACUCUGCCAGAUGACGUACAACAGGUCAUGGAUGAAGUAGAAGAAAAGAGCGGAUUUCUGCCCAAUGUUUUCAAGAUGCUAUCUUAUCAUCCAGAUUCCUUCCGAUCUUUCGUAAAUUAUUACAAUGUCCUGAUGGAGAAUAGUGGCAACCUCACCAAGGCUGAUAAAGAGAUGAUCGUCGUGGCAACAAGCUCUGUGAACAACUGCAUGUACUGUAUCAUUGCUCACAGUGCAUUGCAUAGAAUUUACAGCAAAAAUCCAACGUUGGCAGAUCAGAUUGUUGCCAACGUUGACAUGGCUGCCUUAGACUCCCGGCAGAGGGCUAUCUUAGAUCUUGCACUGGCUGUGUGUAAGAAUGAACCAAUCACAGAUGAACACUUCACUAACCUUGAGGCUCAUGGACUAGACCAAGAGGAUGCCUUCAUGGUGGGCAGUGUUGCUGCUUUCUUUGCCAUGUCUAAUCGUCUGGCACACCUCACUAGCUCUAGACCUAACAAAGAGUUCUACUUGCUGGGAAGGAUCCCUAGGGAGAAGAAAUAGGUGGUGCUGAAGUAACAACUAAAUGUUAUUUAUCAUUAACAUAGUGCCUAUUUGUAUUUUGUUGAAAAUUAUGUAAAGUGCAUAAUGAUUUAAAGUAUGAUAUGGAAAUGAAAUAGACAUCUAAAUUAUUGUACAAAUUUAUAUUUUAUUUAUCAAUUUAAGUUCUUGUAGGGAUAUCAACUUCAUACAAUUACUAAAAUCUUUGAUGUAGUUUGGUCUGAAGCAUAUUCAGCCCUAGUUGGCAGUUUGUUACCAAUUUGGCAUUAAAAAAAAAUCUGUGGUGGUGUUCAUUUUAAUUAAAACACAAAUAGACAAGAUCAA